AUGGCGGAUAACCCGAAAGCCCCAACGUUCAUCAAGGAGGGUUCUGGAGAUUUGGAAAGCCAAAGGAGAAACGAGCAAGUCAAUCGAGAAGUUGGCGAAUUGGUUACAAGAAAGUCGCUCAGCGAUCAAUUGAGAGAAAAUUCCAAGAAGAAACGCCAACAAUUUCAGAGACAGACAAAGGAAAAGAACAGCUUCACGAGAGUGUCAAACGAUGACUUAGAUCAUAUCAAUAAGGUAAAGCUGGAUGAAUUGGAAAAGCUUCGAAAUUUUUCGCAGUGGGCUGAAUCUGAGGAGCGUAAUCGUCGGAAACAGCUGCAAUUAUUGCAGCAACCUUCUACACCGGAGCACACUAACAAACAGGUGAUUUCCAAGAACGAUCCUAUUCCAACCUCCAUUAAAGUACGAAAACUAAAAACGUCCAAUGGCGCAAAGAAUGCGCUAGGUGUGAUUAGUAAACCAAAACAUAAGAAAACUGACAGAACCCAAAAAAAGUAG